UACAUUGUUCUGACGAUUAAGUCUGUCACGGCCAGCUACCACGUGCACGCAUGACCACAUUUUGGACUUGCGAGCAGGAUUAAGAGAUGUACAUGUACAUAUGCAUAUGAUGAAAUCGUUCUUGCCGGUCAUCCACUAUCACCGGCACCGCCCCCAAAAGUCAAUUAGUGAGAUCAUCACAAAGCAAAGGUGUGUCAUGCUGACUGAGUACUGAGUACUGAGGAGCAGUAGCUGAAGACCCCGUCCGAUUUUGAACUGAGUAAUCGUUUACCAUGCAUGGGCGGUGAUCGACAGAUAUAAAGCCAACUCUGAGAUCUGACCCCUUAUCAUCGCUUGCAAAUUGCAUCUCCUCACAACUCAUAACAAAAUUAUGGCAGAAUCAAAGGUCUGGCUAGUUACUGGAUCGUCCUCGGGAUUCGGUCGCUCCAUGACCGAACUCCUGUUAAAGAACGGAAAUAGAGUGAUCGCAACUCUACGGCGCAAAGAAGCCCUGUGCGAUCUUGCUGAACAGUAUCCGUCUUCUCAAUUGUUGAUUGUCGAGACGGAUGUCGUAAAGACCUCAGAGGUCGUUGCCGCAUUCGCAAAAGCCAAAGAGGUGUUCGGACGUGUCGAUGUUGUUUUCAACAACGCAGGCAUGGCUAUUCUCGGAGAGAUGGAGUCUAUGAGCGAUGAGGGCGCUCGUCAAAUCUUCGAAGUGAACUUUUGGGGUGCAUCAAAUGUCACAAGGGAGGCUAUUCGGAUGUUCAGGGAAGUGAACAAACCUAUCGGAGGAAGAUUAUUGCAGGUUUCUUCUUCGUUGGGCUUACGUGGAAGAGCUGCAGCGUCCUAUUAUGCCGCAUCUAAACAAGCAUUGGAAGGAUUCAGUGAGAGUCUCGCACAAGAACUGGACCCAGCUUGGAACAUACAGAUCACCAUAAUCGAACCAGGUCCAUUCCGGACGGGGAUGUUCAGGGGAAACAUGCAACUUGUUCCUCAACAUCCAGCAUAUGCAGACCCAGAGCUACCUGGUUCUCAAUUCCGCCAGUUUAUGACUUCAACUCUGGCUGAUGGAGACACUGAAAAGGCGGUGGUAGUCAUUGAGAAGCUCACUCACCUAGAUGAUCCACCGCUAAGAUUUCCACUGCACAGGAUUGCAGUCAGAGCAGGGAGAGAGAAGGCCAAGAGUCUCACUGAAACCAUAGAUAGAUACGAAUCAUGGACAGAAAACGUCUACUUCACAUAGUACAGCUGAUGCGUAGCACUCACUUUGGACGGCAUUGGAUUUGAGCAUGAAUGUGGCGGGAUCUAGAAAAUGCUGAUGCGAUUUACUCUUGUCUGAGGGAUCAGCGCUGAGCGCUGAUGACACUCAGAAAGCCUUUGGCGUGCAGUAACAGCUAGGUUCGUCCAAGUGACUCGCUACACGCGGGAUUGUAAGAAAUAGAAAAUCAAGGAUGUGUGAAG